UCGCUUGCUUCACACACACUUUUCGUUUCUGCCAGAAGGCGCUGAUGAGAGUGGGAACUUAAACAGUCACUUCUCCUUUACAAGAAGUUCAUUUUAUCGUCGAACAUAUGUAACCGAAUUAAUGCCAGGGUGGUUUGACAGUAAAUACAGUUAGCUCGCAACUUCAGACGGUUGUUUUAACAUCCUAAUGAGAUGUUUACGAUGUAGCGUCAGAUAGUUUUGGUGGAAGGGGGGGGCGAGGUUUGUGUAAACAUCUGAGAAUGUUGACAAGACUCCAAACGAGCUGCUGAGAAAACACAGCCACAUAUCGUUUACUGGGCUCCGGGUAUGUUUAAUAUUGUAAUAUUUUCCGAGAACUAAAAGCAAGUGACUUUACCGGUAACGUUAGCGGUCUUUAUCAAAUGCUGUCUAGGAAGGCAGCUCACUAUGUUUUGAAACACAGCCGCUGUCUUUAUUCGAGUUGCUUCCUAUGUCUGUACCUGCAACUGAGAGCAGGCGUCUACUUAUGAAUGUAAGCGAUAACAUAACCUGUCCCACUGACUCUUUCGAGGAAUGAAAUAUUCUGUGAUAGACACUGUCUACUGAGAUGACCUGACUUCAUGUAUUUAAAAAAAAUGGCAGGAAUAACAUGGUAUCAGAAAAAGAUCGGAGCCUAUGAUCAGCAGAUCUGGGAAAAGUCACUGGAACAGACUGAGCUCAAGGGCUUCGGAAGCAAACCUAAGAAGACUGGCCAUAUCAAGCCAGGCCUCAUUGAUGUUGACCUAGUGAGAGGUUCUACAUUUAGCAAGACCAAACCAGAGAGCCCUUGGACCGCUCUGACUCGUAAAGGCUUGGUCAGGGUCCUCUUUUUUCCUUUCUUCUUUCAGUGGUGGAUCCAAGUUACAUCUAAAAGCAUAUCCGCCCUCAUCUUAGUUCUGUACUUCCUUCAAGUGGCAGGAGCUGUGUUGUAUUUUGAGGUACCUGCAGCCUGUUCCAGUGAGGUUGUGGGUCCAUUGUGUCUCAUGCUGUUGUUGGGUACAGUACACUGCCAAAUAGUAUCCACAGAAUCCUCCAGAAGCCCAGACAACAGCCCUGUCCUCAGCCGGACGGCCAGCCCUGUUCGCAGGAAAAGACAGAGGAAGAGUAGAAAAUCAAAGAGGUCUGAGGAUGAGAGCAGCAAAGGGGGAGGGAUAGUAGAACUCAAACUUGAAGACAGCCAUCGGCUCUACAGAUCAGAGAAGAGACUGAAUUCCCCAAGGAGGCCUCCGUAUGGGGCUUCUGAAGAUAUCUCUAGUGAGGAAGAAGAAGAAGAAGCAGCAGAGCUGCAAAGAGAGAGACUCUUCUCAUCAGCACCUUCUAAAUACGCUCGAGCGCUCCGGAAUAGACUUCACAACAUCCCCAAGAACAAUCCGCCACCCCAGACUCAGGGAGAGAAUAACGGCAGGGCAACAGAUGGCCCGGCGCUGGCACAUGAAGUCGAGCUUCUGCGGCGGCCGUCAGAGGGCUCACGUCCAGCCUCUGACACAGAUGAUAUGUUAUGGGAGGAGCUUUUACACGAUCCUGACUCCGCCUCCACAGGAAACAGCAAAAGUGGGGAGGAGGAGCCUCACAGUCAAAACCACUCCCUCCCUUUUCCCAACAUCACUCUGACGAGUGAUGAGGAUGAAGCCUUACCGCAGCACCAAUUUUCGUGGCUGCAGGCUUGUCACCCCUCCAAAGAUCGUGUCAGUGCCAUUAUCUGGGAGCAAGGAGAGUGUAAGAAAGCUGACAUGUCCGUGCUGGAGAUCAGUGGUAUCAUUCUCACAAGAGUGAAGGUGGUCGAACAAGGGAUGGGUUAUCUGAUCUUCGGCAGUCUGGUUACCACCUCACUGGCUCUGCUGCCCUACUGCUUCAGACUGGCACAGAAACUGGAUGUUGCCAAUCUCAGUUCUGUGUCUUUCGAGGAACUGUCCACAGUGGCCAUUGGGCCACCUUGUGCCUUGUCCUAUGCAUUCUUCAUCAUCACCACAAUAGAAAGAGUUUUCCUCUCUGGGCUCUUCUUCUUCAUGAUGUGUGUGGCUGAGAGGACAUAUAGACAGCGCCUUUUGUUUGCAAAAUUAUUCAGCCAUCUCACAUCUGCACGCAAAGCCAAAAAAUCUGAGAUUCCUCACUUUCGACUGAAGAAAGUGCAAAAUAUCAAGAUGUGGCUUUCCCUUCGAUCAUUCCUAAAGAGACGAGGCCCUCAGAGGUCUGUCGAUGUCAUUGUCUCAUCGAUUUUCCUCCUGGCUUUGUCUAUUUCCUUCAUCAUCUGUGCCCAGCUUUUGCACAGUCAUCACACAUUUCUGGAUUCAGAGACCAACUGGGAGCUGAUGGUCUGGUGUGCUGCUCUAAUGAUUUUCCUCCUACGCCUCGCUACCCUCGGAGCUGAGACCAACCGAAAGUAUAGCAAUGCUUCUGUGCUUCUGACUGAACAGAUAAACUUGUAUCUUAAGAUGGAGAAGAAACCCAACAAAAAGGAUCAGCUGAACAUAGUGAACAACGUGCUGAGGCUGGCCACAAAAUUACUAAAAGAACUGGACACUCCAUUUCGUCUGCUUGGUCUGACAGUGAACCCGCUCAUCUGCAAUAUCACGAGAGUGGUCAUCCUGUCAGCCAUCUCAGCUGCUGUCAGUGAUUUACUAGGGUUCAACAUCCGGCUCUGGAAGAUCAAACCUUGAUGUGAUGCCUUUACACUUACAACGUCUUAACACUUGGUCCAGAGAGACUCUUAAGUGCACUUGUGCACAACCUACCAGAUGACCAAGUUAUAUUUUAAAAACUGUGCAUAUCUACUGACCAAACUUAUUCAUGACUUUUCCUCCCUAACCUGUGCCUUCGGCCAGUCCGAGCAAACCUGUGUUCAGCUCAAAUUCGUCAUUGAGAUUUCCUCAUUGAUAUUUGAACUUUAGAACUGUAAAGAAUGCUGCAGUAGGUUUUAUUGAUGCACUUGCUUACUGUAACUACUUAACAGCUUGAUGUUAUA